GUUGUCCUCGGCAUCGAGCAUCGACACUGCAAAGAUGGCAUUUUCUCUUCGUACGUUUUUCCUCCUUUGUGGGGUCAGCGGACUGUUGACCGGAUCUUGGUCUUGGCCAAGAAGAAAGGAUGGUUGCUGUCCUGAGAAGUGGACCCAGUUGGAUGAUCACUGUUACGUCUUCAAAAAUGAUCCAAGGACCUUUGCAGAUGCAGAGAGCGUCUGCAACAUUCUUGGUGGGAACCUGGCCUCAAUCACUAGCGCUCUGAAAAAUGUAGUCGUUUAUGAACUGGUUGUGGAGGGAGAGGUAGCGGACGCCUGGAUCGGACUCAGUGACGCCAUCGAGGGGGGAGAGUAUUUCUGGACUGAUGGCAAACCCUUUGACUUCAGCAACUUUGUCGCAGGGGACAAUGGCACGGAUUCAUGUGCGCUGAUGCAAACGAAUGGAAAUAAUGCCGAAUGGGUUAGUGCGCCAUGCGACGACGAGGAGCCAUAUGUUUGCAUCAUGGACGCAUCCUGUGGCAAGCACUAAUCCACCCGCCGACUAUCGUAUCUUCUAUAACAAAGUCUUUCACUAAUCCCGAUGACUUUACUGAGACAAUAUCAAACUUUAGUGGUGUCUUUGUAUCUCCGGGUUUACUGUCAAGUCUUCUUUUCUUCUUCCUGUACACUAUUCAUUUUCUGAUUUUUCAUCAAACACAUUUAAAUCUGGAAAUAUCUUCUUUUUAUUAAAUUUUGGAACCUGUCUGCAUCAAA